CAUUUCAUUCUACUAUUCCCAUUUCUAGUCUCAGAUGCUGUUGAAGCGUCAAUGUGAAAGUGAGAGACUGAGAUCGAAUAAUAUGCUUUCCGAUAAUUCUCUCUCUUCUUCCAAUCGUUCUCCUUCUACUCCCAACUUCUCCAACUCCUUCGCUAACCGCAUCUUUUCGGAUAUUGCUGGGGACAUUACUAUUGUUGUUGAUGGAGAGCCGUUUCUACUGCACAAGUUUCCCCUAGUAUCUCGAAGUGGGAAGGUUCGGAGAAUGGUGGCAGAUGCCAAGGACUCUAAUAUCUCAAAAUUGGAGCUGCUCAACUUUCCAGGUGGACCUCAGACAUUUGAAGUUGCAGUGAAAUUCUGUUAUGGCAUGGACUUUGAUAUCACUACUGCAAAUGUUGCACAUCUGCGCUGUGCUGCAGCAUACUUGGAAAUGACUGGUGACUACCGGGAAGAAAACCUCAUUGCGCGCACUGAAGCCUUUCUGAAAGAGGUUGUGGUUAGAAGUCUUGACAAAUCGCUGGAAGUUCUAUCGGCCUGUGAGACGCUACUUCCAAUAGCAGAGGUGGUGGGAAUACCAAAUAGAUGUGUAGACGCUAUUGCCAUUAAUGCUUGUAAGGAGCAAUUAGUAUCUGGUUUGUCUCGUUUGGAUUGUAACAGUGGAUCUGCAGAACUAAAGGGUGGCUGUAUUGACUGGUGGGUUGAAGAGCUGUCGGUCUUAAGGAUUGAUUUUUAUGAAAGAGUUGUCUCUGCAAUUGGAAGAACAGGUGUCCGACCAGAUAGCAUUAUUGCAUCUUUAAUGCAUUAUGCCCAGGUGUCACUAAAAGGCAUUGGAAAACAUCAAUUUUGGAAUCCAGCGAAAACAAAUCCCGGCACACUGGACAGUGGCCAGAGGGCUAUUGUGGAAACUCUUGUAAGCCUUCUGCCAACAGAGAAGAGCUCGUCUAUUCCACUGAGUUUUCUAUUUGGAAUGCUGAAAAUAGCCAUUAUGUUGGAUGCUACCAUGGCCUGCAGGCUUGAGCUUGAAAGGAGGAUUGCUUUCAGAUUCGAAAUGGUUUCGCUUGAUGAUCUGCUUAUACCAUCUGUCCAGACUGGUGAUUCUUUAUUUGAUGUUGACACUAUCCAAAGGAUAUUGGUGCAUUUCCUGCAACGGAUUGAUGAGGAAGAAAAUGAAGACUGUGGGUAUGAAUCGGAAGGCCUUGGUUCUCCAAGCCAUGGCUCUUUGUUGAAAGUUGGACGGCUUAUUGAUGCAUAUCUAGCAGAAAUCGCUCCUGAUCCAUAUCUGAGUCUCCAAAAAUUCAUUGCUAUGAUUGACUUACUGCCUGAUUAUGCUCGUGUCAUUGAUGAUGGGCUCUACAGAGCAGUUGAUAUAUAUCUGAAGGCCCACCCAACUCUAACAGAGCACGAAAUUAAGAAGCUCUGCAACUUCAUAGACUGUCAAAAGCUCUCUCAAGAAGCCUGCAAUCAUGCUGCACAGAAUGACCGACUUCCAGUCCAGAUGACAGUGCGAGUUCUCUAUUUUGAGCAGCUCCGGCUGAGGAAUGCCCUUUCUGGAAGUUCCGGAGAUGGCUUUCUGUCGCAAAAAAUCAGCAGUGGCGUCCCUAGUGCAGCUAUGUCACCUAGAGAUAAUUAUGCUUCUCUAAGGAGGGAGAAUCGAGAACUGAAGCUUGAGAUUUCAAGAAUGAGAGUAAGACUCAGCGACUUGGAAAAGGAACAGGCAUUCAUGAAACAAGGGAUGAUUGAGAAAUCAGGCAACGGUAGGACGUUCUUAACUUCAAUUUCCAGGGGAAUAGGAAGGAUUGGAAUAUUUAGCGGUCCAACAGGUGGGAAACACCAUAAAUCUGGGAGGAAGUCCAGAGUUAAGGAAGGGAAACCCGGUAGGAGCAGGAGGUUCUCUGUUUCAUAGAGUAUUGUUUUAUCUAUGAUGUUCGAUUUUUACACAAACAAGUAGUAUUCUAGUGCAAAUGAGUGAAUGAUUCAUGAAUUUUUGUAGAUGUUAAGAUAGGGCAGUUCUGGGGCUCAUUUUCAAUCAUGUAAUGCUAAUGAAGAAGCAAUAGCACCUUCACUAUGAUACCCAACAGUGUUUGGUCUCAGAUCAAACUUACGAGCUUGGCCAGAAGUAAGAUUCAAUUGUAAAGCCACUAACUGAAAUGGAUCUAGCAAUAUAAAGGUCUCCAUUUUAGGCAUCAGCCGUUGUGAACGGAAGCAUUCUUAGGUUUAAGCGUACUUUUAACAUGCAAAGGCUUCAGGUAUUUUCAGAAUUCUUAUUUCAAUUAACGAUUGUUCAAAUACAA